AUGUAUCAAAAUCUGGGAAAUACAGGUCGUCCAAGAUGUGUCGAAACGGAUUUCAUUAAACAAUCAUCCGACAAUGGCUUACUUAAAUCACAGACAACCACGUCAUUAAUAGGCUCAUCAACAGUGAACCUAGUCUCAUUGUCACAUUCUAUGACCACAAUGUUAUUCUUAUCUGCUGUAAUGGUCGAAGACUUUGGGAUUUUUAACAACAGUGCUUUGAAAGGACGGUACUUGAUGGGUUGGAGGUGUUUAUGCUGUUUUUCUUUUUUUCCCCAACUCUCUGUUUCAUCUAAAUGAUUAAGGCUAGACAAUUCUGAAAUUUCUUUUCCAUUUUCUUUAGUAGUACUCUGUUUAGACUUAGUGUCAAAAUCAAGCGCACGAGUGCACUUCCCUUUUCUAAUAUUGUACUUCAUUUGUUUGUGUACAUUCGUCACACGCUGUCUCAUAAGUUUUAAAAACCGGCAGCACUCAAACCUGCGGUCGCCUUCUAGUAUGUCUUGUUUGACUGUUUUAAACCAAGAUUCAACAUUAGCAUUACUCUGGCGGAUUUCAAUGCCAUUGCUGAGUUUAUUAUUCAUAAUUGGUGUCCACAGUGCUAAGAAAGGUACACACUUCACUAUAAACUGGUGUAAAUAUGAUUCAUCGUAA